CCACCAAUCAGCGUUGUGGACGCAAAGAAAACACCAACAAUGGGUUAUUUUGUGAAGUUGGAGCAAAAAGUAGAAACUUUUGCAUUUCAAACACGCCUGAUCACCUUAUUUUUUCAGGUGAUCUUCAAUGCUGUUAUUCCCGACCAUGAUGCUGACGUUUUCAACCCUCCAGCAUCCCCAACCCACAACCAGACAGCAGUGGACAGCAUCAUGGACAUCGGGGUGGGUGGAUUGAGAAGAUGGGAUGCAGUGUACUUCAUCCAUGUUGCAGAACAUGGUUACAUCUAUGAGAACGCUGUAGCUUUCUUCCCCCUGUACCCAGUCAUUGUGGGGAAAAUUGCCGAUGUUUGUUACUGCUUCUCAUUUGCAGGUCAAAUCAUGUCCAAAUUAAACCUCUGCUUAAUCAUCGGAGUGGCACUGAAUGUCUACCUCUUCACCAAGGCAGCCUCUACACUGUUCCACUUGGGAGUCCAGGUUCUCAAAGAUGAGAAAUUAGCAUACAAGGCAGCCCUGUUGUUCUGCAUCACCCCAGCCAGCAUCUUCAUGACAGCUCCCUACUCAGAAUGUGUUUUUAGCUACCUCUUCUUCUCCGGGCUGCUGGCUUUUGCCAGUGGUGACACAAUGAAGGCAGCAUUUUGGUUUGGACUAAGUACAUGUACAAGAUCAAAUGGCCUAUUAGCAAUUGGGUUCAUCUUGUUCAGGAGAGUUAAGGGAUUUAUGUCCAGUAUGCAACAAGUGACAAAAGCUAGAUUUGAGACUGUGACUGAAAAGGGGAUGAUGAUGGUGUCAAUGACAAAUCUAUACCUGGCUCCAGUCAUUGUUGCGAUUGUGCUGUGUGCUGGCCCAUUCUGUUUGUAUCAAUAUUACAUUUACAGAAUAUUCUGUUUGUCAAAUGAUGCAGAUUUACCACAGCACCUAAUUCGCUAUGGUCGCUCCCAGAAGUACCAUUUAGUUGGUGAUGCUCCAUCACCAUGGUGUUCACAGUUACUUCCCUUGUCCUACAACUACAUCCAGAAGCAGCACUGGGGUGUGGGUUUUCUCCAGUACUACGAGCUGAAGCAGGCCCCCAACUUCUUGCUGGCCACCCCCAUGCUGGUGCUGAGUGUGUGUGCCUGCAUAUACUACUACAGACUCAACACAUCCUGCUGCCACAGACUCGGCAUGGUGCAGGAGGGGCAGACAGACAAGAAGACGGAUCUACAGAAAGGAAACUUUGGCUUCAAGAACACCAGACUUUUCAUCUAUGUAGGGCACCUGCUAUUCACCACUGUCUUUGGGAUUUUCUUUGUGCACAUUCAGGUAAUGACCCGACUCCUUGCGUCCACCUCCCCUGUGAUCUACUGGUUUGCUGCUCAGCUCAUCACGGACAAGACCUACUAUCAGAACUCCUCCAACAAGUACAACAUUUUCUCACCACAAAGAGUCCAGCGCAUUGAGACGGGGGCCAACCUGCAGCAGGCCCAGAAGGGGAACCUGCUCAUUGACCAGAUCUCAGACUUCUGGAAACAGAGCACCAACACCAAACUCGUGCUGGUCUACUUCAUGUGUUACUUUGUAGUAGGGACAGCAGCUUUUGCCAACUUCCUCCCAUGGACAUAAUUACACAGUUAAUGUAUUAUAGAAUAAUACUAUUACUUCACUGCCAUGAUAACCUGACAUCACUAACAAUAAUCUCUACUGCUGCUACAGAGUGUUAUAUGUUGUCUUAGUUUGCUCUAGCUUUGGUUGUGAUUUUGAGAUAUUGACCAUAUAUUGGUCAAAUGUACAAGUAUGCUGCAGCCCCAGGUACUAGAUAUAACAUCUCCAUACAAAAACCUCCCUAAGGGACCAUUCAUAAUUUAUGGCUUGGGGUGUGUGUGAGUGUUUGUGUGAUAAUGGGUCACCCAUUUUGUUCUGGGGAGGUCGGGGCAGCAAUUAUUGUGUACACGUG